AUAUAUAUAUAGUGAUAGGACACACAAUCAUGUUUGGGUAUAGAUUGUUUCAGUUUUAUCAGUUGUUUACUAAUAAUGUUGGUGAUUGUGCACAAAUGUUGGUGAUUGUACAUUAUAUUAAUCCUUAAAAUGGUGUAUAAAUUUAUUUUGGUUUUAAUGUUGAGCACUAAGUUAUCUCACUGCACGUUUUCAUUUGGGCCUCCAUAUCCGGUAACUGGUUCCUGGUUCAAAGACAGAUUUUCUCUCGCAGAAUGGAAUACAACACUGCGCGAAUUUUCCAGACAAGGCGGGGACACAGUUUUGCUGCGAGCACCUGCAAUGAAGCUUGUUCAGUACGACGAUCUUGUUGAAGAUCCAAACUUUAAAUGGUGCGGUAGCAAUUUCCGGAACAAUCCGGUGGAUGAGUACCGUGACUGUUACCAUGAAGCCGUGAAGAACUUGCAACAAUAUAACAUCACCGUCUCUGCGAUUGUGCUGUAUCAAUAUGAAGAGAAUUAUGAUGCGUCUGCCAUUAUACAAUGUCCACAGUACGAUAAGAAGAUUGUUUCCGACCGAGUAUACUACAGGAUUGUUCUACCUUUGUCUGAAUAUAGUGACCCUUGUGUCCUCAAUGGUACAAGUGUGGCAUUACUGUUCACCAUUUUCUCUGGAAUUGAUCCGCACGAACUACUACUAACAACCGCAUCAGAACAAAACAUGUCUGUUUACUUCAGUCUUCCACUGCCGCCUAUAUGGUACAAAAACAGCCAUGUGUCAAAUACGUCACAUUUGCCAGCAUAUUACGAAUUUGUCCGAAGAGUUCUAGUAGAUCAUAAAAAGCGAUACAGUUUCUCUAAUUCCUCCAAAGAAAUAGAUUUAUAUAAUACAGUUAAGGGAUAUAUGUGGUCUGGUGACAUUUUACUCACUGAUGUAGGUAAAAUAGUGCAACCCAGUAAUAUUACAUAUUCAGACCUUUUUAAAAGACUCGCAAAAUAUAUCCAUGAAAGUAGCAAACUGUUCGGCAUUUCUACAUACGUACAAUCAAAUAAGUUAGAGGGAAGUUUGACACUAGAAGAUAAUGCUGCUGCAUUCACCUCCCUUGUAGUUAAAAGUGACAUUGACAUCAUUUCCGUUAAUGAUGGCCGCGGUUCUGCUAAUGGUGCGUUGUUUUGGGAGACACAAAGGAAUUCAAGAAUAGCAACGACUGAUGCUGGACUCUAUGAAAUUUUAAAUUAUUACUAUCCCACUGUAAUGCAUAAUCGGAUAGUAAAAACAUUCGAUUACUUCUUCAGCUUCAGUAUACACGAGAUUUUCGAGACGCUAGCAACAAAACGAGACACCCUCAAGAAAACUGGUCAUAAUGUUGAUCUUUGGCUGAAUAUUGAAGCUUUUGACGCCUUGCAUGAUGAUCCGUGCCUUCAAGUUGACACCACAGGCUCUGCAAUGGACCGUUUGGUAAACAGUGUAUCAAAAGCACGUAUAGAUAGGGUUCUAACGCAUGCAGGUUCCUCUGUGCAGAAAGCGAUAGCUUUCGCCUGGGAUCCUGGUUUUACUUGCAGAACAAAGGCACGCCCUACUUCUCUCAGAAACCAGAUAGAUACAGACGCCGGAAGACCAAUUAUUUCUCACUGCUCGUUCCACAGUUCCUUCAACCGAUCUGUAGUAGUAAUUGGAUAUAAUUUGAUGGGAGAAACUCAAGGAUUUACGAUUGACUGGCCUAAUGUGAACGGACACAGAGUUGUGAGUCAGGUAUAUGGAUAUUAUUUUGAAUUGGACUGGGGAAUACAGCACGAUCGAGUUCCUUCCCUUAUGUAUAUACAGAUGUAUGAUCCUUACAAUGUCGUUGAGCUUGCGCAGAAAGGAUAUGUGAGAGUUACAGCUGAUGGAGGGUAUCACGCAUGCGCAUUCAAAUAUGAUUUUACGAGAGGGGAGGGUUUCGCUAGCUAUGCAAAUGACAGACAAACCAAGAAAUACUAUCGGAUAGUGCAGAGCCCAGUAAAUAGGAUAUUUGGACAGGAUCUCCCCUUUAAUACACGUACUUCGACUUAAAGGCACUGACCUCCGGAUUUGGCUAAAAAUUAAUCUUUCUUUCAAAUUAAAGUUUGGUCAUAUUAUGAACAUUAGAAUAUAAAUUUUUGUUUCUAAAAUAUUUUUAAAAAUUCCAAAUCAAGAAAAAAAGAUGACCGCGUCGGGAAUCGAACCCCGGACCGCCGCGGCAAUAAAUACAUUUCCCGUCGUCGUACCCAAUAGCGUUAUAGUUGAAGUAGUAAAUAAUGACUUCGAAAUAUAGAUAUUUAUAAUCUAGACAGUUUACCUGAAGUAAAAGCGUGCCACACGCUUUUCGAUUUUCAACGUAAAAAGUACUAAAAACAGCAAAUUCUCAUGUGUUCCCGUAACAUAAAGUGUGUCAGUAAUUAAGUUUUAAAGCCUUCUUAAGAAAUAUAAUAGCAUUUAUUUCAAGAUAAUCUAAAAAAAAUACUUUUUUUGUUGUCGAACGAUCUAGAGGCCAGUCUUUAAGGAAUUACCUUACAUCUUCUAAAAAAUAUUAUUAUUAUUAUUUUGAAAUCAUGGACUUUAUUGCGGUUAUGAACUGAGUUUUGGCCCCAGUCUCAGAAAAAAACACUUGAAAAUGGACAGUUUAGGAGACUGUACAAUAAACA